AUGUCUGACCCAAACGAUUACACGGCUGGCUGGAUCUGCGCGAUAACUAUGGAGUAUGUUGCCGCCCAGGAAUUCCCUGACGAAGAACACGAAGGACCGGAAUUCGUGUCUCUCAAUGACAACAACCAUUACAUACUAGGCAAAGUUGGGAAGCACAAUGUCGUUAUCGCUGUCUUGACUGAUAAUGAGCACGGAAAGUCUUUUGCAAGCGUUGCAAGGGAUAUGAUGCACAGCUUUCCUAAUAUCAGAUUUGGCUUGAUGGUCGGCAUCGUCGGAAGAGCGCCUGGAAAACAUGAUGUCUGUAUCGAACGACCCCAACAAGUCGGAAGGUGA